AUGACCCUCCCAACCUCUAUACACAACUCUGCCGUUGAAAAAGCCAUCGAGAAUGCCAAAACCCUCUCCCCAUUCACCGACGCCGAUUGGCUCCUCAGCAUAAAGGCUGCCGCCGAGCAUAUCAAGCCCAGCGAUGACAAGAUCACCUUGAACGACGUCGGGCCCAAGGCUAUCGCAAAAACAAUUGACCAUACCCUGCUGAAGCUCGACGCAACAGAGGCCCAAAUCAGACAACUAUGCGUAGAAGCGAAGGAGGAUGACUUCAUGUCCGUGUGUGUCCGCCUGCCGCACGUGCCCCUUUGCGCAUCCCUCCUUUCCGCGUCCACCGUCCUCAUCGCCUGCGUCAUCGGCUUUCACGAAGGAACAUACUCCACGCCCACGAAAGUCGCUGAAUCAAUCGACGCGGUCCGCGCCGGAGCAUCGGAGCUCGAUGUAGUCCUCAAUUGGCCCGCGUUGCAGUCCGGCCAGUAUAGUUCUAUCUUCACUGAAUUAGCCGCAAUACGCCUUGCCUGCCCACACCCGACAACUCUCAAGAUCAUCUUCGAGACGAGCCAGCUGUCCGAAAGCGGCAUACUAGCGGCAUGCCAGCUUGCUGCGGCGGCGGGCUUUGAUUUUGUGAAGACGAGCACAGGGUUCAACGGGCGGGGCGCGAGUGUGCGGGAUGUGCAAUUGAUGCGUGCAGCGAGCAAGUGGUAUGCCAGUGAUGAUGGGGUGAAGCUGUUGCGGAAAGCAGGGAAGUCGUUGGGGACGAAGGUGCCGAUGAAGGUAAAGGCGAGUGGCGGUGUGAGGACUUUCGCAGAUGCAGUGAAGAUGCUAGAGAUUGGCGCAGAGAGGAUUGGCGCGAGUAGCGGCAAAGUCAUCGUGAAGGAGGCCAAAGAGGGCAAAACGAGCUCAGGGGCAGCAGCUGGUGCAGAAAGUUAUUAG